AGGAGCCAAUUAGAGCUCGGAUGGAAGUGGAAGCAGAAGAUAAACUUUCAUAGAAACCAGAAUGAAGAAGACAUUUUUCUCUAACAUCAUAAGAGGAAGGAAACACAGACGUCAGAUGUUUUCUGCACGGCAAAACAUGGUUUUCUCAUUUAUGUAUAAGAAAUUUGCAAGAAAAUCUGGUUGUUUCAGUGGGAGUGUUGGCCUGCUGUGAUCUACUACAUCACCUUGGGAAGUGGGACUCCUUCCAUUUCUUCUUGAGUCAGUUUUGGUAUCAGAAUGGCAGUGGAACUGAAUCUGCCAAAAAAUACAGAUGACUGGACAAAAGAGGAUGUAAAUCGGUGGUUAGAAAGUCAUAAAAUUGACCAAAAACACAGAGAAAUCUUGAUUGCACAAGAUGUGAGUGGAGCAAUUUUGAAGUGGUUAACUAAAAAUCACCUUGUUGAGAUGGGCAUAACACAUGGACCAGCUAUCCAAAUAGAACAGCUAUUCAAAGAAUUGCAGGCAGCAUCCUCUGAAGAUUCUCUUCAGACAGGUAAGAAGAAAAAAGGCAGUAAAAAUUUUCCUAAAACACAAACUGUGACGCAAGAGGAAAAUGGGGAAACUUCAAAGCAAAAACAAAAGGAUAAAGAGAAAUCAGAUACGGCUAAUGCCUCUACAAAGAGUACAGUUACUAAAGAAUCUAAGUCACUAAAAACUGAGUUCACAGAAGAUGAAAUAGAUGACACAAAGGAAAAGCAGCCAUCCAUAGAACUAACAUGCAUCUCAUACCCUUUUGAUGAAUUCAGUGAUCCGUAUCGUUACAAAUUAAAUUUUAGUCUACAGCCUGAAACAGGACCACUCAAUCUCAUUGAUCCAAUACAUGAAUUCAAAGCAUUCACGAAUACAGAAAGAGCCACAGAAGAGGAUGUUAAGAUGAAAUUUAGCAAUGAGGUUUUCCGAUUUGCUUCAGCUUGUAUGAAUUCACGUACCAAUGGCACCAUUCAUUUUGGAGUCAAAGACAAGCCCCACGGAAAAAUUGUUGGCGUGAAAGUCACCAGUGUGACCAAGGAAACCCUCAUUGACCACUUCAAUCUGAUGAUCUGCCAGUAUUUUGAAGACCAUCAGGUCCAAAAAGCAAAGAAGUGCAUUCGAGAGCCAAGAUUUGUAGAAGUUUUACUGCCAAACAGUACGCCAUCUGAUAGAUUUGUUAUUGAAGUGGAUGUCAUUCCAAAAUACUCUGAAUGUGAACAUGAUUAUUUCCAGAUUAAAAUGCAAAAUUACAACAACAAAACAUGGACACAAAGUUCAAAAUUCUCAGUCUUUGUGCGAGAUGGGGCCAGCUCCAAAGACAUAGUGAAAAAUAAUGCAGAUUUCAAAUCAUUUAAAUUAGAUUUAAAAACACUGGCAGAGUCUAGAAGAGAGGCAGAAGAAAGAUACAGAGUAAAAACAAACAAAAAAGAGAGUGAGGGACCAAAGCUCAUUAAAUUGUUGACAGGAAAUCAGGAUUUGCUAGAUAAUUCAUCCUAUGACUGGUACAUUCUUGUAACAAAUAAAUGCCAUCCAAAUCAAACAAAACACUUAGAUUUCCUACAGGAAAUUCAAUGGUUUGCUGUGUUGGAGUUUGAUCCUGAAUCUGAGAGCAAGGGGGUAGUCAAAGCUUACAAAGAAAACCGAGUGGCAAACCUUCACUUUCCAAGUUUAUACAUGGAGGGGAAAACCACACCAAAUGAGAAGAUUGCUAGUCUGAAUCUUUAUCAACAACCCAGCUGGAUUUUCUGCAAUGGCAGGGUAGACCUUGACAGUGAAAAAUAUAAACCCCUAGAUCCAAGUUCCUGGCAAAGAGAAAAAGCAUCUGAAGUCAGGAAACUGAUUUCAUUUCUUACACAGGAAGACAUAAUGCCAAGAGGGAAGUUUUUGGUGGUGUUUCUAUUACUCUCCUCCGUGGAUGACCCAAGAGACCCCCUUAUUGAGACCUUCUGUGCUUUCUACCAAGAUCUCAAAGGAAUGGAAAAUAUAUUGUGUAUUUGUGCACACUCACACAUAUGUCAGGGAUGGAAAGAUCUACUUGAAGCAAGAUUAACAAAACAGCAAGAUGAAUUAUCAAACCAAUGUAUUUCUGCUUUAAGUCUUGAAGAGAUAAAUGGCACUAUUCUUAAACUAAAAUCUGUGACUCAAUCUUCAAAGAGAUUUUUGCCAUCUGUUGGUUCAUCUACUGUCCUUCUGAAAAAGGAAGAAGAUAUCAUGACUGCUCUGGAAAUUCUCUGUGAAAAUGAAUGUGAAGGUACACUCUUAGAGAAAGACAAAAAUAAAUUACUUGAAUUCAAGGCAUCAAAAGAGGAAGACUUCUAUCGAGGUGGUAAAGUAUCAUGGUGGAACUUCUACUUUUCUUCUGAAAACUAUUCUUCAUCUUUUGUCAAAAGGGAUAAAUAUGAAAGACUUGAAGCAAUGAUUCAAAACUGGGCAGAUUCUUCUAAACCAACAUGUGUCAAAAUUAUUCAUCUAUAUCAUCAUCCAGGCUGUGGUGGGACUACCUUGGCUAUGCAUAUUCUCUGGGAACUAAGAAAGAAAUUCAGAUGUGCUGUGCUGAAAAACAAGACAAUGGAUUUUUCUGAAAUCGGAGAACAAGUGGCUAAUUUAAUCACCUAUGGAGCAACAAACCAUCAGGAAUACUUACCUGUACUGCUCCUUGUUGACGAUUUUGCAGAACAAGAAAAUGUCUAUCUUCUGCAGGUCUCUAUUCAAACAGCUAUAGCUAAUAAGUACAUUCGAUAUGAGAAACCUCUAGUGAUCAUCCUAAAUUGCAUGAGAUCACAGAAUCCUGAAAAAAGUGCAAAGAUUUCAGACAGUAUCGCCCUAAUACAAAAACUGUCUCCCAAAGAGCAGAGAGCUUUUGAGCUUAAAUUGAAAGAAAUUGAAGAGCAACAUAAAAACUUUAAAGAUUUUUAUUCCUUCAUGAUCAUGAAAACCAAUUUUAAUGAAGAGUACAUAAAAAAUGUCGUCAGGAAUAUCCUGAAAGGACAAAAUAUUUCCACCAAGGAAGCAAAGCUCUUUUCUUUUCUAGCUCUUCUUAACUCAUAUGUGCCUGAUACCACCAUUUCACUAUCACAGUGUGAAAAUUUCUUAGGAAUCACAAACAAGAAGGUUUUCUGGGGACCAGAAAAACUUGAGGACAAGAUGGGCACCUACUCUACAAUUCUGAUAAGAACAGAGGUGGUGGAAUGUGGGAAAUACUGUGGAGUGCGCAUUAUUCACCCUUUGAUUGCCAUGCGCUCACUGGAAGAAUUGAGGAUAAGCUAUCACUUGGAUAAAAGUCAAAUUAUACUGGAUAUGCUAACAGAAAAUUUGUUCUAUGAAACUGGUAUAGGAAAAAGCAAGUUUUUAGAAGAUAUACAAACACUGCUGCUCACAAGACAGCGCAAUGAACAUGAAGGUGAAACAGGAACUUUGUUUUCCCCUUUCAUUGAAGCGUUACAUAGAGAUGAAGGGAAUGUGGCAGUUAAAGAUGUAUUGCUUGAAGGUAUUCAUCGGUUCAGCUCAAAUGCAUUCAUUUGCCAAGCGUUAGCAAGACAUUUCUACCUUAAAGAGAAGGACUUUAGCAAUGCUCUCAAAUGGGCAAAUGAAGCAAAAAAGAAAGAACCAGACAAUUCUUAUAUCUCAGAUACACUGGGCCAAGUCUACAAAAGUAAAAUAAGAUGGUGGAUAGAGGAUAAUGGAAAAAAACGGAACAUUUCAGCUGAUAAUCUAACUGAUCUAUUGGAUUUAGCAGUACAUGCUGCAAAUUCAUUCAAAGAAUCUCAACAGCAAAGUGAAGAUAGACAGUAUGAAGGGAAGGAAAGGUUUUAUCAGACGUCAAAAAGGCGGUAUGAUACUUACAACUUAGCUGGUUAUCACGGAGAGAUAGAAGUUGGGCUCUACACAAUCCAGAUUCUUCAGCUCAUUCCUUUUUUUGACUGUAAAAAUGAAUUGUCUAAAAGAGAUAUGAUCAAUUUUAUAUCAGGAAGUAGUGAUAUUCCUGGGGAUCCAAACAACGAAUUUAAAUUAGCCCUCAAGAACUUUAUUCCCUAUUUGACUAAUUUGAAAUUUUCUUUGAAAAAGUCCUUUGAUUUUUUUGAUGAUUAUUUUGUCCUUCUAAAACCCAGGAACAACAUUAAGCAAAAUGAAGAGGCGAGAACUCGGAGAAAGGUGGCUGGAUAUUUUAAGAAGUAUGCAGAUAUAUUUGGUCCCUCAGUUGAAACACAAAAGAAAGAUCUCGGAUCAAAGCUUAGUUCCCCACUUCAAGUAGAACUGUGUCGGAGAAGCCUAGAAGUUUUAAAAGCAGACAAGUUUUCUGGGCUCUUGGAAAAUCUUAUCAAAAAUCAAGAAGAUGUUAUAAGGACCAUGGAAGAUAUAGUGAACAAAUAUACUUUUCUCUCUGAACAAUGCACUGUCAAAAUCCAGCCAAAAGAAAAGCAAAAUUUCAUCUUGGCUAAUAUCAUUCUCUACUGUAUUAAACCUACCUCCAAAAUAGUGACACCAAUUAGAAAACUGAAAGAUCACCUUCGAGAAGUCUUGCAACAAACAGGACUGACUUAUCGAUUUUCAGAACCUUAUUUCCUAGCUUCCCUCUUAUUCUGGCCAGAAAACCAACAACUAGAUCAAGAUUCUAAACAAAUGGAAAAGUAUGCUCGGUCAUUGGAAAAUUCUUUCAAGGGGCAAUAUAAACAUUUGUUUCGUACAAAGCAGCCAAUUGCAUAUUUUUUUCUUGGGAAAGGUAACAAUAUGAACAGACUUGUUCACAAAGGAAAAAUUGAUCAAUGCUUUGGAAAGACACCUGAUAUUAAUUCCUUGUGGCAGAGUGGAGAUGUAUGGAAGGAGAAAAAAGUUCAAGAGCUUUUGCUUCGUUUAAAGGGACGAGCUGAAAAUAAUUGUUUAUACAUAGAAUAUGGAAUCAAUGAAAAUAUCACAAUACCCAUCACACCUGCUUUCUUCGGUCAACUUAGAAGUGGCAGAAGCAUAGAGAAAGUGUCUUUUUACUUGGGGUUUUCCAUUGGAGGCCCACUUGCUUAUGACAUUGAGAUUAUUUAAGAGCCUGAUCUCCCUCCAAGAAUGUGGUCUCAGUAGCACCUAAUUUUUUUUAGACCCAAGAUCUAUACUUUAAAUUGGCAAAUUUACAGGUACAGCCCCUGGCUUUUCAGCCCUGUAACACAAUAUUUGUAUUUCCUCUUAAGCAUGUUAUGAGUCCUACACAGACUGUGGUGAAAAAGGAAAGAGUGAGAGAUUUGGAAAGUAUCAAAUAUCUUCUUUGGUUUGGAUAACACCAUUUAUGACAAGAUAAGAAUAUAGAUGGAAUUAAGAGAGGAGAAUGUAAUAAUUCAGCCACACAGAACCCCACCACUUCUCCCAAUUACCCAACCAAGGCAUAGAUUGAGGAAGAUUGUCUACUUUCUUCUCAAAUGUGAAAAUUUUUCAGAAUAGGAAAAAAUAGUUAUCGUUCCAAGACAUUACAAUAUCUGAGAAACUAUUUCACAAAAAAAGUGAAAACCUCUCCAACUGCCAAGCAACAUUUAUUCUUACCAGGCAGAACAGAAAUGCACCAUGUAAUUGACACUCAAGAGUCUUUCAAAGAAGAGGACCAACCAAUUCUCUGAAGGUCAUAUCCAUAGAAGUCAGCAGAUCUUACCAAAAUAGGCUGGAGAAUUAGACUACCUUUUCAUGCAGUAGGAGGCAGUUGAGCAAAAGUGAAAUUUGUCUCUACAGCUAAUGAGCUUAUAGACUUACAAACAAGCAAAAAUACACCCGAACUCCAAGGUUAAUGAACAAAAAGGACUCUUCUGAAAAGACUAAUGAGUCCCCCGUCCAGGAGAUCCCUACGUACUAGCAAGUAUACAUACAACCUAUAUAACCAUAUGCGUUGAACAAGCACAGUCAGUGAGCUGUAAUCAAAAUGUAAUUUUCUCUAAUGAAAUUAUGGAUAUGGGCAAUUGUCAAUGGUUGCCAAAACUGAUAAAAAGCUGAUAAAGAACUUUAUAACAGAUGAAUCAGACUGUCCUAAAUCCUGAUCAAUAUUAACAUUGCGGAGAGAGAGCCAGACUUUCUGGCCUGGAAGUGCUGUAGGAGUGCACACAUCACCCAUGAGAUAAUUGAACUUGAAUCUGAUCAAGGCUCUGGAUCUUACUUCCAAUUUAAAGGAAAUACAGAUGUUGGAUAUGUUUCAAAGUAAUUACAUGUGUGGGGUAUGGGGAUGGUGAAAGGAGAGUGGAGGGGCAGUAUAGCUGAGUUAACAAUUGCAGCAUGAUGAGUGCGUGGGAGUUCAUUAUACUUUUCUCUCUUCUUUGGACUGUGUUUUUGAAAUUUUCUGUUAUAAAACAUUUGUAAAACAAAAAGUGCAGUUUGUUUGUAUCUUCACAAUUCCAUUCAAAUUUUUUCACUGAGGGAGAUUUUUCCCUGGCUCCUGCAUGAAAGUUCAGCUCCAUAACUUAUCAGCUUACUCUUGGUUAAAAAAAAUGCUGUGACACAGUCUCAAUCUACAAAUGAGAGUGUCUAGUCACACUUUUCUCUGGGGCCACUUCCCACUCUGUCCCAGAUUUCAGUCUACUUUAUACAGAACUAUCUCUGUUGGAGUCCUCUUGCCUUUCCAGGUGAUUCUUUUGAACUCAAAUUAGACCAACUUGUAUAGGUGCUCUCUCUCCCAUGACCUUCCUAGGAUGCACGGGAAACACUGAUGGAUGUUUGUUCUACCAUUGGUAGGCGUUGCAGCUAAUUUCCAGUCUGGGGAACAGCAUGCCCUAUAACGUCAGGAGGACACAGGUCAGGCACUCCAAGUGGUCCUCUUCAAGCCCCUCUCUCUCUAGCCUGGAGAUGAUGUUCUCGUGGUCAUUGGGAGAAAUUUUGCCGAAAGAACUUUUCCAUAAACCCACUCUUUCUCAAUGCCAGUGGGGGACAAACUACAGCCUGUGGGCCAAAUCCAGCCUGUCUUUUAAAUAAAGUUUUGUUGGAACAUAGCCAUGCUCAUUUGUUUAAGUAUUGGCUUUGGCUGCUUUUGCACUGCAACAACAGAGUUGAGUCGGUGCAACAGAUACCGUAGAGCCCGCAAACCUAAAAUAUUUACUAUCUGGCCUUUUACAGAAAAAGUUUGCCUACCCUUGCUGUAUGCUGUCAACUCUUUUAUGUCUUUGUUUAAGAACUAAUUGUCUAAUUGGUUCACGGACAUUUACUUUGAAAUAUGCAUUUUUGUUUAUCACCUAAUUUUGAUAUCUGAUUUCUAUCAUUUUAGGACUAAAGUUAAAAUUUAACAACCUUUUAACACACAAAAUCUAUUUUUCAUCUUAUAAUAAUCCAGGUCCACUUUUCCAAGGAAUGGCAGAGUAAUAAAUGUGUGUGAGUUUUCCUUUUGCAGGUAAAAAUAUAGCCAAAUUAUGCUGGAUGAAUUUGACAAACAUUGAUCUAUCAUAAUUCUCUUUACCUAUUUAGCUUUAUAUUUUCCUUAGGUCCAUGGAAUUUGGUCUUCAAAAACAGAAAUUUGGAAUGUGAGAUUUAAAUAUUAAUAAUUUACUCUUCCAUAGGCCAGCAGUUCUCAAUUGAACAGAACCCCCCAAGAGGUCUUUCCAAGUUGUAUAUUGUAUCUCCCAAUUCAGAUACAGCCUAGAAUGAGAAAGUAAUCAGAAUUUUUAAAAACUGUCCCCUUGAAAAUCAUUGAUUAGAUCAUUGUAAUACAGCAGUUUCCCAACUCAGUGUUCAAAAGAAAAUGCUUAUCAACACUCCCAAAACAAAUGGUGGCCUGAACAAAUGAGCUUUGGAAACUGUAUGAAAUUCUGCUUCCGGCUAUUUGGAAUGUGGAUUAGCAAAAAAGCUCUCAGAAAGUAAUACCAAAGGGAAGAUCAUUUAUUAAACAGACUAACUUAUUUCUUUUUUUUAAUUUUACUUUAUUUUCUCACUUAUUUUUAUAACCCUUGCUCCUCCAAAGGUCUCCCUGCUGCACAACUUGGAACAUACUAGAAAAGAGUUCAUAUGCACUGAAAUAUUUUAUUUUUUCACCUUCUCUAUUGUCAAGAAUCCCAGCUCCAAUUAAAAUAUGUAUACUAUUA